CAACAGACCCCAAAAAAAGAAGCUUAGCUUGUCGGAGCAAGAAUCCCCAAAUCUUAUCUUCAAGAACCCUAAUAAAUUCCCAGAGAUUCCUCUCAUUUAAUCACUCAGAUUCGAAAAAUCAUCCCUUUUUUCAGAUAAUGGACACUAUACCUCCUUCCCUCCGUUCGAACCCUAGAUCCGCAUCGCGUCUCGCUCGAAACAACAACACUCUCGUCAAAUCGCAUAUUCCAUCUCUCGAUUUGGUUGUCUCGUCUCCGAAGAGCAACGGUACUCCUUACCCAUCACCUAUUUCCCUCAAUUCACCAUCUUCUCCUGUCACUCUUCGCGAAAUCCUCCUCUUAUCUCCUUCUCCUCUCCGUAAAUCGAGAACCCGUUUGAGCAAUCGUUUUGAUAUGGAAGCUACGGAGGCUGCUGCGGUGGCACGGCGAUGUAGGACUAAGGGAGGGCAAAAUGGUCUUUCGGGUUGUGCCUCGCCGAGGAAUUGCCGGAGAUCGAGACGAAGGUCGGGGGUGAUGGUUGAAACGAAGGAAGAUAAUAAGGAACCUAUUGUUGGCUUGAUUGAUGAGAAAACUCAGACACCGAGAAAACAUAAGAAGACGGGUCGAUCUAAGAAGGAGAAGCAAAAUUCUGUUCCUGUGAUACCUUCUCCAUGCCAAUCUUCAAAUCUAAUAAAUAAAGAUGUUAGCCAAGGUGAUUUGGAGCGGAUUAGAGAGAAUAUAAGCGAUUUGAUCAUGUGGAGCGAUGUUGCAAAAUCAACACUCUGGUUCGGUUUCGGAUGUAUAUGUUUCAUGUCUUCUUGCUUUGCUGCUAAAGGAUUUAACUUUAGUGUUUUUUCAGCGAUCUCCUAUCUUGGACUCUUGUUUCUUGGGGUAUCGUUCCUGUCAAACACUCUUCGCCAAAGGGCAACCGAAGAAGCGCGGAGAGAGCUCAAGUUGAGUGAAGAGGAUGUCUUACGAAUAGCAAGACGAAUGCUUCCCAUCACCAAUUUAGCGAUUUCAAAGACGAGCGAGCUUUUCUCUGGCGAACCUGCAAUGACACUCAAGGUGGCACCUUUUGUUCUAAUGGGAGCUGAGUAUGGUUACCUCAUAACAUUGUGGAGGUUAUGUGCUUUUGGUUUCUUCCUAAGCUUCACAGUUCCAAAGCUAUAUUCAUGUUAUGCUAGUCAGAUUAAUCGUCAAGUUGAAAGUGCACAAAAGAGAAUAGUUGAAGCUUGGGGAAUUUGCACACACAAGAAGUUUGUGGCAGGCUCUGCAGUUACUGCAUUCUGGAACCUAACCAGUCUCAAGACCCGUUUCAUAGCAGUGUUUAUCAUAGUGGUUGUAAUCAGAUACAGACGGCAGAAUCUCCAGUUAGAUACCAUUGAAGUGGAGAAGCAUCAAGAAGUAACUCAUCAUGAGCAACUAAAAUCGCCGGAGGAAAAGUCACCUUCACCGCCGCGGCCAACAGAAGAAGAAGAGCAAGCGAUGGUGGUGGUUGUUGCAGAAACUGAAGCACCAAAGAAAGCUUUAGAUUAGUGUCUCUUCACGUUUUCAAAUUAGCUGUAUGACUUUUGUUACAUUAAUGUCUAAUAAAGGAUAAAUUAAUAGCUUUAA